AUGCGAAGCGUAGCGCUCUCUGCCACCUUGCUUGUCGCCGCUGCGUGCAGCGCGUCAGCGGACGAGUCUAAGCCCGUCUUCAAGGCAACCCGACCCCCUUUACAGCCCACCGACAUCAAGGCACCAUUCCUCGAGCAGUUCACCGACGACUGGGCUGAACGCUGGACGCCUUCCGAGGCGACUAAGAAGACCCCAGUCGGCGGCGAGACGUUCAGCUACGUCGGCGAGUGGUCCGCCGAAGAGCCCGCAGAUGUUCUCAUCGAGGGUGACAAGGGCCUCGUCGCCAAGACCAAGGCCGCACACCACGCCAUCUCCGCGCCGUUCGAGAAGACGAUCGACUUUGCCGACAAACCCCUUGUCGUGCAGUACGAGGUCAAGUACCAGAAGGGCGGUAACUGCGGUGGUGGCUACAUCAAGCUCCUCGAGGAUGGCUUCCAGACCGCAGGCAAGGAGUUCUCGGACAAGACACCAUGGACCGUCAUGUUCGGUCCGGAUUUGACUUGCCCCGGCACGAAGACUCACUUCAUCUUCCGCCACAAGAACCCAAUCACUGGUGAAUUCGAGGAGAAGCACCUCAAGCUCCCGCCCAAGCCUACGUUCGACAAGAACACUAACCUCUUCACCCUCAUUCUCCAGCCCAACAACACGUAUGACGUGCGCUUCAAUGGCGAGAGCCAGAAUACUGGCGACCUGCUCGAGGACUUCGAGCCACCAGUCAACCCUCUCAAGGAGAUUGACGACCCCGAGGACAAGAAGCCUGAGGACUGGGUCGAUACUAAGCGUAUCGCUGACCCCGAAGCUAAGAAGCCCGAUGACUGGGAUGAGGAUGCGCCCUACGAGAUUCCCGAUGAGGAUGCCGUGAAGCCUGAGGGCUGGCUCGAUGACGAGCCCGAGCUCGUCGCCGACCCUGACGCCGAGAAGCCCGAGGAGUGGGAUGACGAGGAGGACGGUGACUGGAUUGCGCCCAUUGUUCCCAACCCUAAGUGCGAUGAGGCUCCCGGAUGUGGCGAGUGGAAGCGACCGUUCAAGGCCAACCCCGGCUACAGGGGCAAGUGGUUUGCUCCUAUGAUUGACAACCCCGCCUACAUCGGCGAGUGGGCUCCUCGCAAGAUCCCCAACCCCAACUACUUCGAGGAUCUUACCCCCGUCAAGAGCCUUCAGCCCAUUGGUGGUGUUGGUAUCGAGCUCUGGACAAUGACCGAAGACAUCCUCUUCGACAACCUCUACAUUGGCAACUCCGUUGAAGACGCUGCGGCGCUCGCUAAGGAGACCUGGGAAGUCAAGCACGAGCUCGAAGAAGCCGCUAAGCAGAAGGCUAAGGUAUCUGACGACGAGGAUGACGAACAUUCUUCCGUCUCCUUCAAGGAUGAUCCUGUUGCGUUCAUUCGCGCGAACGUCUUCAGCUUCAUUGAAAUGUUCAAGGAGGACCCCGUCUUUGCCCUCAAGGCUCAGCCUGAGACCGCUGCGGGACUUACCCUUGUCCUUACCACUUUCAUUGGCAUGCUCGGCGUCCUUCUGGGCCUCAUUGGCGGCCAGCAGCAGCCCAUCACCAAGUCUGCCAAGAAGACCGAUGCUCCUUCACCAGACAACAAGGCUGCUAAGGCGAAGACUGAGGCCGAGCCCGCGGCAGCAGCCGGUGGUGAGAAGACGGACACCCCGGUGAAGAAGAGGAAGUAG